CGUGUGUAGUUGGCCACAUCAGUUGGUGCAUAGGUUCCUGCGCGGUUUAAUAAACACGUGCUACCGUGUGUCAGUCAGACUCUGUCCCGUUCCAAACUAUAAUACGUUAUCGUAGGCAGCAGAACCAAUGAUCGCAUCAACAAGUUAAACGAUAACACGUUAAAUUUCAAGGCUAGUGAACAAAUUAUAUUUUUUGUGCAGUUAUUUCACCUUUAGAAAAAUAUGGGAGUCGUUGUAAAAUUAUCUUUGGUGGUUGGUACAAUUUUAAUUGCUUAUACCAUCAGCAAACUAUGCCAAACACCCCCCGUUCCAAAAUUAGAAGCUACUUGGUGGGGCCCUCGUGAUGCAUCAAAAGAAGAUACAUCAAUUAAGCCAUUUAAAAUUCAAGUGUCGGAUGCGGUUUUACAAGAUCUUCAACACCGCCUCUCAAACGCAAGAACAUUAACACCACCUCUAGAAGGUGUCCAGCAUCAGUAUGGUAUCAAUACUAAACUGCUUAAAAAUAUACUCGACUAUUGGCGAACUAAGUACAACUGGAGGGAACGUGAAAAGUUCCUCAAUCAGUUCCCACAAUACACUGUGAGCGUACAAGGAUUACGACUUCAUUAUAUCCAUGUUAAACCCACGAAUCCAGGAAAGGCGAAAGUCCUUCCUCUUCUGUUAUUACAUGGUUGGCCAGGAUCGGUCCGUGAAUUUUAUGACCUAAUUCCACUAUUGACCAAACCAGCGUCAGGUCGAGAUUUCGUUUUCGAAGUAAUAGUACCAUCGCUACCUGGAUAUGGAUUUUCUGAAGCUGCCGCACGACCUGGAUUAGGAGCAGUAGAAAUGUCGGUGGUUUUCAAGAAUCUGAUGAAUCGUUUGGGUUUUGAAAAAUAUUACAUUCAAGGGGGUGACUGGGGUGGAAUUAUUGUACAGCAUAUGGCUACUUUAUUCCCAGAGCAAAUUUUGGGUGUCCAUGCUAAUAUGUGCUUCGUCAAUUCUGUUCUUUCUACUGCUAAAUUAAUUUUGGGUAGUGUUUAUCCUCCCUUGAUAGUCGACAACAAAGAACAAGAAAGUAAACUAUAUCCGCUAUCUACUAUGUUCUCCAAUUUGCUGCUAGAAAUGGGAUACAUGCAUUUACAGGCGACUAAACCUGACACUGUUGGAGUCGGGUUGAACGACUCUCCGUCAGGUCUAGCAGCCUAUAUUUUGGAAAAAUUUAUAACUUGGACUAAUGAAGAAUGGAAAAAUUUAGAAGAUGGUGGACUCACAAAGAAAUUUAGCUACGCGGAUCUUUUGGAUAAUGUCAUGAUUUAUUGGGUUACGGGAUCAAUCACAACUUCUGCGAGGUUAUAUUCAGAAAGUUUCAAUAUAGCUCAGUUGUCAUUGGGUGUUGAAGGAAUACCUAUCACGGUACCUAGCGCAUGUGCAAGAUUUCCAAAUGAAUUGGCUCAACAACCAAUGGCCAUCCUGAAGGAAAAAUACCACAACCUUGUCCAUGUUUCUGAUUUUAAAGACGGAGGACACUUCGCUGCCUUUGAAUUGCCUAAAGCCUUAGCUGAUGACAUUUUCAUUGCUGUUGAAAAAAUGCGUUCAUCUAAUUCAACACAAAAAUAGUUUUGUAUUUUUUAAAUAAAUGUUACUAAAACGGUA